ACAGAGAGAGAGAGAGACAGAGAGAGACACACGGACCUGGAUCCCGGUAAUAACACUCCGUCCUCAUCCGACCGUCCGCCGCUUUCUGUCCCUGCGAGGAGAGACAGGGGAGCAGCAGGAAAGGGAGACAGAGACAGACACAGAGAGAGAGACACAGACAGACACAGAGAGAGCGGCUGGGUGCAGGCCGGCCGGGCAGAGUCACGCAGCAGCCGCCACCCUCACUGUGACUCGCAGCGACAGGCAACCGUGGGACGAUGGGAACCCGAAAACUCUUUCUGGGAUUGAUGGUGGUCACUGCUGUCAGCAUCCUGCUGCUCCACAACUCGCACUUCAACUGGGAGAGCCGUCGCCAGAGGAACUGCAGCACAGACAGUUCUCCCCCAGGCCAGGACCCCCGCUCCCCGACCCCUUGCCCCUCUGACUCCUGCCCCCUGGGCGGUGCCCGCGCUCCGAAGCAGACAGCGGUGGUCUUCCUGAAGACCCACAAAACCGCUGGCAGCACGGUGCAGAACAUCCUGUUCCGCUUUGCGGAACGUCACGGCAUUACCGUGGCACUGCCGGGGGGCCUGUGCGGGGAACGGGACCACCAGUUCUGUUACCCGCGCAGGUUCAGUCGCCGGUACGUGCACCCUCUGACCCGGGCCCCGGGCAUCGUGGCUUCCCACCUCCGGCCGGGCCUAUCCGAACUCCGAAGCCUGGCUCCCGCCGGUGCCGCCUUCAUCACCAUCAUCCGCGAGCCUGCCGCCAUGUUCGAGUCCCUCUUCUCCUACUACGGCCAGCACUCGGCGUCCUUCCGGAACGUUCCGGCCCGCUCCAUCGCCGCCUUCCUCCGCAGGCCCGAGGCCUACUACCUCCCCGGGGAGCGCUACGCCAUGUACGCCCGCAACUCUCUGCUCUUUGACCUGGGCGGCGAUCCCAACCGUGACCCUGGUGACGAGGCCUACCUGCAGGCCUUCAUCCUGGGCCUGGAGUCCGUCUUCUCCCUGGUCAUGGUGGCCGAGUACUUCGAUGAGUCCCUGGUGCUCCUGCGCCGGCUGCUGUCCUGGGAGCUGGAGGACAUCACCUACGUGAGGCUGAACGCCCGGAGUGCGGCAUCCCGGUCCCGGCUAGGCCGGGAGCAGGCCGAGCGGGCCCGUCGCUGGAACUGGCUGGACACCCAGCUCUACAGGCACUUCAACGCCAGCCUGUGGGCCAAGCUGAGGGCCCUGGGGCCUGAGUGCCUGGGCCAGGAGCUCACCCUCCUGAGGCAGGCCAACCGCAGGUUGGCCCGAGACUGCUUUGGGCCCGAGGCCGGGCCUGAAGCCUCACCGCCCGCCCGCCAGGCCUCCCAGAUCCGGGACAAGGAACUGCGGCCUUGGCAGCCCAGCCACAGUGUCAGCAUCCUGGGCUACGAGCUACCCCGAAACCUCUCCCUGCCCCCUGCCCUGGCCACCUCCUGCCUGCGCCUCAUCACCCCCGAGGUCUCCUACUCCCGCCGUCUCCUCAGGAAGACCACUGACAGGCAUGCCAGUGAGAACUGGGCCCAAGGCCUGAGCUAGGCCUCAGGCCUCCGCGACCCUGUAGAAAACCAUCUGGGAGCAACUCAGUUGAGAAAUCAUCCCUCCAUCCGUGAAUUAAUGCUCUCUCGUGCGGUGUGCCUGUCAUCGACUGGGCCCAGUAUUUAUUGCCCUGCCCCUAAUUGCCCCUUGAGACGGUGUGUUCGAGGGUUGUCCCUGAGGGAGGGAAUCCCAGGAUUCUGACCCAGCCACACUGAGGGAACGGCGAGAUAUUUCCAAGUCGGGAUGGUGAGGGGCUCGGAGGGGAACUUGCAGGGGGUGGUGUUCCCGUGUACCUGCUGCCCCUUGUCCUUCUGGAUGGAAGUGGCCGUGGGUUUGGAAGGUGACUUAAAGAUGUCGAUCAGUAACACUUCAGUGAGUUAACCCUCGAUGAAUUCAUUGAUAACCCGACUGCCAGACGCUGCCAACUGAUUAUCCACCAACUCCUCGUUAAUCAGCAAAUUAAUAACGGAGUAUUAUUUACUUCUGCUGUCGAUCAGCAGCCAAUCACUGAAAAUCAA